AUGCUUCCUGAUCUUUCGCCACAUCUGCACACAAAGGAAUGCAACCUUCUAAUUGAGUUCUUGCAAAGAUGUCAUGCCGAGAAAACCAUUGGAAAAAUGUUUGGCCAGUGUGCAUAUUGGGAUGAAGCUGUUUGGCAAUGCACUAAAAAGGAAAGAAUUUGGAGAAGAGAUAAUAAUCCGCCAUACAAAAGAAGAAUUGUUGAGCUUCGUAACUUGCCUGAAUCGUAUUGGACUCCAGCAUUGCACAAAUUGAAAGAAGAAGGGUUUCUUAGGCCGGACGCGGAUAGAAACGGAUGCAAAAUUUAA